AUGCCCGCCGCCGCAAAGACCAUUGCCCUCGUCAUCGGCAGCACGCGGACACCCCGCAUGGGGCCUCACAUCCAGAGCUACAUCCAAAAGACGUACCUCGACCCCAUCGUCGCUUCCUCCCACCCCAACAUCCGUCUCGAGACGGUCGACCUGCAGGCGCACCAGCUCCCCGUCUUUGACGAGCCCAUGCACCCGGCCGGCCGCCCCCAAGCCGACCCGACAUCCGCCUACUCCCACGAGCACACGCGCCGCUGGUCGGCCCUCGUGCGCGGCUACGACGCCUUUGUCUUCUUCACGCCCGAGUACAAUGGCAGCAUCCCCGCCGGGCUCAAGACGGCCAUUGACGCGCUCUUCCACGAGUGGACCGGUAAGCCCGCGGGCGUCGUCUCGUACGCCGGUCGCGGCGGCGCCUCUGUCGCGGCGCACCUCCGCACCGUGCUGGGCGUCGUCGGCCUCAAGGUCGUGCCCACGACCGUCAACGUGCCUGCCGGCGCCAAGACGCUGGCAAGCUUCAACGAGGGGGCCAAGCCCCGCGAUGAGGACCUGGAGCGCUGGGCAGAGGCCAAAGUGGAGGAGAACAGCAAGGCGCUGCUGAGCGAGAUUAUCGCACAGCUUAAUGAGACUGAGGCUCAGUAA